UAAAUUUCAUAUACACAUUACGGUUUUAUAUAUAUCAUUUAUUUGAAGAUGUCAAGAUCCGAUGACUUUGUUAUUGAUAACACGGCAGAAUUUACCGUUGAAGAGGAUUUUGCUACUUCUGAAGAAUUGUUGAAUUGGGUUAACAAUGUCGCUAAAUCUCUUGGUGUUGUUGUUAUAAAAAAACGUUCAAAGUUUUCGAGAAAAAAUGAAUUAAGAAAAAUGUGGUUGCGGUGCGACCGUGGCGGUGAGUAUAAAGAUAUUGGUUCUAUUGAAAUUACUGCUGAAACUUGCGGGUGUCAACUUCGUACAAGUUGUGGGUUACCAUAUGCGCACGAACUUAACUUCUAUAUGAAAGAAGACUUGUUUAUUCCAUUACAAGAAAUUGAUGUCUUCUGGAGGACUUUAGAUAUUCCUGACCCUACAGUAGAGGAGGAGGAUGAUGUAACUUGUGAUGCUGAGCUUGAAAGGUUCAAAAAAGGUUUUGCAGAUCAGCCAAAGUCAGGGAAGGUCUCAUUUUUGAGAAAACUUAGGGGGAUUUUUGAACCAUCGACCUAUAUUGUUGGUGAACCUUCUGUUCACAAAAAUAUCUGUGGUCGUCCAAGUUCAAAAUCCAGCAAGGACAAACAAGUGUUGCCUAAUGAAAGUCGUAGACAUAGUUGUUCAUCGUAUAGACCAGCCGUUCAGUCUGAAUUGAACGAGCCACCACGACACAGUGAAUAUGUCUACCGCGAUCUGCCACCCAAGGUUGAUCCACCACAGUGUAGCUCAUAUAUGCCUUUUUCUUUUGAUUUGAAUGAUCUGCCACCUAUGUCCGAGCAGAACUUUGUUUAUCAAGACCCGGCACCAUCAACUCAAUAUGGUUAUGAUCAUUACGAACUGCCACAACAAAACGAAUAUUAUUAUCAGCAGCCAAUAAUGGAGGAACCGACACGGUAUACACAUCCACUGAUUCAUGAAAUUCCAUCUUUCUUUCAACCAUAUGUCAUCGGGAUUGAAGAUGUUGAAGGCGAUGGAAAUUGUGGUUUUCGGUCAGUAGCUGUUGCUAUUGGUCGAGAUCAACAUGAUUGGCCAUCGAUUCGUCAUGAAUUAUUGCAGGAAUUGCAUAUCAAUAAAAAACACUAUAAAAUUUUUUUUGGUGAUUAUUAUAAGGUUGUGGAACACUCCUUCAAAUUUCAAGGCAUUGGAUUUGCACCGAUUGAGCAUUGGAUAAAAAUGCCCGAAACUGGUCUCGUGAUCGCGAACAAGUACAACUGCAUUUUUUAUUUUUUAACAGAUGCAGGUAGUUACACAUUCUUUCCGCUUUGGACAAGUCCACAAGCUCCAGAACUAAAUCAAUCCAUAGCAAUUGCAUUUGUUCAUGGAAAUCAUUUUGUGAAAGUGGAUUUGCAAAAUGGACAUCCAAUGCCCAAAGUUUCUCCGUAUAAAAGUGUCUGUAUGAAAGAAUGGAGACAAAUGUAUAAGGAUCGUCUACAAUUGUAA